AUUCUUCAAUCCUGCCCUGAAGUUUUACAGUAAACUUUAGCCUGUCGGUCAUUUGCUCAUCAUUUUCAAAGGAGAAAUCUGACUUCUCGACUUGGUGCGUGAGUGAAUCAGAUCCUACUGACUUAGUGAAUGCAAAUUAAAUCGUUUACCCCGUGCUUUGUUAUCUGUGUGGAACUCGCAGAAGUUUGAUACUAUUAGAUAAUGAAUUUAGGAAAUACUAUUAAAAAACCAAUUGAAUGUUCCCUGCAGAAUGCAAUAAUACUUGCAGCCGCCCAGGUUGCUGAGGUCUCUUUUUUCCCAUCAAAGAAGGGAGCUCUUGUCCUUUUUAGAAAGUGAUAAUGGAAUGUUCUAUUUUUUGCAGGUAUUUUUUUAGCCAUAAAUCAUAAAGCUGCAGUCAAAACUUUCUUCCAUACAUAGCAGGAGGUUAAUAAUCCUGUCUUUUUUAACUUGUGUGAAAAACAUAAAUAACGACAUGAGGAGUAAUGGCUGAUGAGAAAAAAGUGUUUAGUUAACCGGCAUAAAAGAAUAUUCGGGGUGGUUUUUGAACUGCUCAUCAUUUAUAACACUCUUUUAAAAUGAACCUCAAGUUGUGGAAUUCUUACUAGAAACACUCAGGCAGUAAAUAGAAAGGAGUGGUGAGGUGGUGGGUGAAGGCAGCCUCGUGUCUUAGCAGAUGAUCAUUGGCUGGAAUGUAGAGAAGGGGAGGGACCUCAGCACUGCUGUUUCUGGAGAGAGGGGCAGAGGGAGUGGGACAGUGAGCGGGAGAGACGGCAAAGGAGGAUAAAUGAACACAGAGGGCUCUCCCCGCCUCGGCAUGCCUGCCUUUCUGAUUUCAUCCCCCAAAGUCGCCGCUCUUUCAAGCAGAAAGAAAAAAGAGAAGCAGAGGGUUUGAAUGAAUGCAUGUGAGAGUGGGUUUUGGACACCGGUCACCCUUACCUCUUACAUCCUCUGAGGUGUGAUACUACUGCGAUGGCCAGACACGGACCUGGAAGAGGAUAAAGCACAGAGGAACCAGAAGAAAGGCAGUCAUUACUUUGCAAAAGGAAGCUGUGGCGUUGAUUUGAUGGAUUAUCGCCCAUUAAGCCAUCUCCAGUCUGGGAUGUCUGCAUUUCUUCUGCAGCAAAUGCUGAUGACAUUUAACUCUUCAUAGUCAAUUCAAGACUAUCAAAAAACCUGAAAUCUUUCGGCCACUUUUUGUGGAGGCUUUAUUUUCAAUUUUUGUGCCUUCAACUCAAAACUUUCCUGGAUAUUUUUUCUUUUUCACCUUGCUGGAAUCGUGCCUGCACUGUGGGCACAGACGGGGGACUCCCUCUCCUUUAUCUUCCUCCUUGAUCCUUCCAGUGUUUGAAGUGGAGCAUGGAGAUAUGCGGUUGGACUGAAACCAAACAGAGAGUCGUCUAUCUGACGAAGUAGCAGAUGCCCAAGCUGUCAAAGGUCCUACAAAAUAAAAACCAUGAAUUUCUCUCUGGAUCCGCUGAACCAGAGCUCUGCCAACUCAUCGACCUUAUCCGCUCCCUUCUGCCUCCUUGACAUAGGAUAUUCCAAGAUUUUCAACACCUGCGUCCUCGAAGUGUCCAUCAUCCUUUUCCUGACGAUUCUGAUCAUCUGUGGGAACCUGGUGGUGAUUUUUGUGUUCCACUGUGCCCCUUUGCUUAGCCAGCACACCACCAGUGCUUUCAUUCAGACAAUGGCAUACGCUGACUUGCUGGUGGGGGUCAGCUGCCUUUUCCCUUCCUUGUCUUUGCUCCAUCAUCUGAAGGGUCUGGACCCCAAACUGACCUGCCAGGUCUUUGGAUAUAUGGUCUCUGUUUUGAAGUCCGUUUCGAUGGCAUCUUUAGCCUGUGUGAGCGUGGACCGUUACAUCGCCAUCACAAGGCCUCUGACCUAUGCCUCCCUGGUUACACCGUGUCGAGUGCGCUGCUGCGUCGUUCUAAUAUGGCUCUACUCCGCGUUGGUCUUCCUGCCGUCUUUUCUGGAAUGGGGGAAGCCUGGAUAUCACGGCGACGUUGUCCGGUGGUGUGCGCUGGAGUGGAGGACUAAUCCGUUUUUCACAGCUUUUAUCGUUGCACUCGUCUACGCCCCUGCUGCAAUUACCAUCUGCUUCACCUAUGCGAACAUUUUCAAGAUCUGCCGACAGCACACUCGGGAAAUCAACGAGCGCCACGCGCGCUACCGACCGCAGCAGCUUCAGGGCCCGGGAAUCCCAGCUGGAUCGCUAGUCAAGGGCAAAGAAGACAUAGGGCAGGUGCCAGACUCGUCCCAAAUGCAAAAUUCCCAACACCCUCAGCCCCAUUAUCAGAACUCCACAUCCACAUACUCAGACAAGAGAUAUGCCAUGGUUUUGUUUCGCAUCACCAGCGUUUUUUACAUCCUCUGGUUGCCCUAUAUCCUCUACUUUCUGUUGGAGAGUGGACAGAUCUACCGCCACCCUGCCGCCUCUUUCCUCACCACAUGGUUGGCAAUCAGCAACAGCUUCUGUAACUGUCUUAUUUACAGCCUUUCCAACUCUGCUUUCAGAAAGGGUCUGAAACGUCUCUGCUCCUUCUGCUUGCAGCGCACUGGCAGAGGGUUCAGGGUGAAGAACACCAAAAAGACUGGACUUGGCUCUGUUGAAAAAGGUUGUGCAGGUCCGGGUUAUGUAUUUGACCAGGAGGAAGUGGGAGUUGGUACAACAUAUCAUGUGUAGUCUAAAGAACAAAAAAGUGCUGUAGUGUGAACCAAAACGAAACUACUGAAAAUGUCUUUAAAGGAGCUAUAAAGAGAAUUAAGCUUUGAUGUUCCACUUCUGAUUUCCAUUUUUCAGAUUGUUUACCGCAGAAAAUGAAAGUCUUAAAGGCAAAUUGAUGAACUCUUAAAGGCCAAAGCCGAUUCGAAGUGAUUUUUCCUUAAUUCACUUGGAAAUAUGGAACCCCGAACAGGAAAAUUACAUGGGAGGGUUUUCUACGGAGGAGAGAAAUCUGUGGAGGCUGAACAAAAUGUUUGUUUUGCACUGCUCUAUUUUUGGGAUUCUUACUUUGCAAAUUUGACAAAACGAAGUGUUGAAUGUGCUGUAUGUGAUACAUUAUGACCGCUGUCAGCACAUUUUGUGUUGAAUAUCAAAAAGAUGGAAACAUCCAGUGCAAGUAGCUGCUAUAACAUUGUAGGAGAAUGGAGAGUGACUCUCCCAUGCUCCCUCAGUAUUAGAUGCCAGAAAUGGUCUGCUAUCUUUUUUUUCCUUUUAGUUCUCUGCCUAACUGAGUGAGUUGACUCUAAAAAAUAAAUUAUUAAAAGCAUCAUUCUGCGAUUACACAGAACCAGUCCACAGUUACUGAUGUGAUUAUGGUUUGUCUUUUUUGAGAUUUCUCAACACGCUUUUAAUGAAAAAAUUAUUUAUUAUUUUUGUUAAAAUGUAAUUAACUUAGUCCUGGUUUUUGCACACAUAAUGUCAAUAUCACCCCGCUUCGGUGUACGACUGUUAGACUGACAAAGCAAACAGUAAUUAUCUUCUUUGUUGCACUUUUUAUUUUGAUUAUGCAACUAUUUGAAAGAAAGUUUUUUUUUUAAGAGAUUAAAAUUAAGAAGACGUAUAUUUGCAAAUAUUUCUGAUUGUUGGUACAUCGUUUGAUUUCUUUAAACACAUUCGGUGUGUUAAUAAUUGUACCGGUUGACCUUCGAAAUGUGGGAUGUCAUGAAAGAUGGAUUGCUUUCCCGUGUGAAUUUUAAAUCAGCUUAUAUUUUUUGCGAUCUUUGGACCGAUGCAACACACCACUAUAUGCACACACGCUCUAAUGUGCCCAGAUGGGUGAACAGGCACAAACAUGCACACCAACAAAAUAGCAUCCAAUUUGCUCAGGCAGCAAGUCAUUUGUGGUGCAAUCAGGAGGAAGCUCACCUGCUAUGUGGGGGUGCUUUUUGUAGGUGUGUGUGGACACACUUGCAUGCAAUCCGUUCCUUUUUGCCCCUUUUUUUGUAAUUUGCAAAGUAAAACAGUACCAAAAUUUGACUGAAAUUAAUUUAACUAAUCAUAGUUAAACUAAGAAGUUGUGAUAACUGAUGUUAAUAAUAAUUUCUAGCUUUACACAUCUUUCUACUUUACCAAAGAUAUGUUUUGGACUAAAAUAUUCCCCUUUUAUUUGUCCUAUCAGAGGAUUUGCUUAACUUUACUGGGCUAUAGUUUGUGUAAGAGUCCAUGGAGUUGUGUUGGCGCAGUAAGCAUUUGACUGUUGUAAUGUGUUAUUGCCUUGACUUAAAUCGGAGACAAAUUUGGUAUAAAACCAUAUUUUCCUACUUCUGAGGGCUCGGUGUAAAGGCACACGACUGUUUUUUUUUUUCUCCGACUGAAAAUAUCCUUCCCCGUUUUCUGCUAUUGAGUCCAUAUUUUCUCGAGUCUACUUUGAUUGCAUCUAUUGUGUGAAACUAUAAAAAAAAGUGUUUCUUAACAUUUCACAACCUGUAUUUGUUUCUCCUGUUUUCAGUAAAGCCAAAACAAACAAAAACACCAGUUUAGCUGUUAAUUCAAUGCCUUGUAUUGGUGUGAUUGUGUAUUUGUGUGUUUGGAACAUGAGGAUAUGUGCAGGUAUAUCCAGAUUUGACCACUGGCUGAAUUCAGACUGUUAAAGGUGUUGUAGUCUCUUUCACCUGUGAGUAUUUGUGCGAUAUGUGAUGUACAGUUGUACUAGAUGUCUAAAACAGUCAGCUGUAAAGCAUUGCCAAAUGUUGCAGUCUUUCCUGUUUGUGUCUUUCACUGUUCCUCCCUCUGAACAGUUGUAUGUUUACAGUUUUGCUGUACUGGAUAUUUGACUAUCAAAGAACAAAUAUUGAACCUUCGUUCAUUUCAGUCCAAGUGUACUCAAAAAUGUUGUGCUGUCUAGAUCCUCCCGCAUGCUUUCCAACAAAGUUGUGAAGUCUUUUAAAAGGUGCUGCAAAAAACAAAAAAACAUUUAGGAAUAACUGAUUUAGAGUGAAAUAUCUAACACGUUGCCAUCAAAGAAUAUUGCGGCACAGACUUGACAUUUUUGAAAGUGUUCACACACUCCUGUGGGGACACAACCCACUUGCACCUUUUUCAGUGGGAAGACUUGAGUGGACACAGGGUCCCCUUAGUCACAUUGAGCAAGAGUUGCAGGAAAAAUGUGUAACAUUGCUCCAGUUGAGGACAUGGUUGCAAGUGUCUUUGCGAUAAAGUACGACAACACAGCGUUCAAGUUGGAACAUUAGGAUGAAUUAGUACAAACUUGAAUAGUUUUUAGUUCUACAAUGAAUGAAACGUUUUGCAGAAAUUCUUCUAUUUUGUGCUUUUUGCUAUUAAAUGCUCCCGCCUUUCUGUAUUUCGGAAAUGCUCUUUAAUUGUGUCGAAGAUUUUGGUAAAAAUUGCAAAAGCUUUUUUUGUCUGCUUAAUGCAGAGUCCUAAUGUUGCUACUUGGUAUCCUGUACUGUUUUUUUUUUUAAGUUUUAUAGUUUUUAUAUUUAUUUUUAAGACUUUGGAUUGUCUCUAUUGUUAAAUAUUUUAUAAAAUAGUGGCCCAAAAAAAGCAAAUUUAGGACAAACUCAACACUGAAGUUUAAUUUAAAUAUUAGUAUUUAAGACAACCUAGAUUCCACCUCUUAUCAGUUUUACUUUGCCAUUAUCGUUCUUUUCUCUCAGACUUUUCAGAUUAUUUUAUCACAAAAACGCUGCCACAAACAGACAGCCCCACUAAUGACUGACUCACGAGCCAGCUUUUCCUGCAGAACAGAUAAUUAUCACAAAACACACGAGACAAGGCUUCCCACUGUAACCAAGCCGCAUCCUGGAAACAUUCCAAACAGCAGAAUUCCACUCAGUUUUUUUGUAUUUAUCCACAAUUAAUGAAGAAAAAAAAUCUGCACGGUGAACAAUAACCGCCUUGUACAUUUGAGUCCUAGAAACGGAGCCAAUACUGUGUCGACUGUUGACAAAACAUGUCUCAUAUGCCAGUGCUUUUGAAUAUGCAGUGAGGUUUCUUGUGAAUGUCAGGAGAAUGUUAAUGAACACUGAUGUUUAAUGAUGCUGCUGAUGAAAGUGAGUGUUCAUUACAUGUGUCGCUGUGUGCUUCUGAAAAGGUGUAAAUGCUGUCCAUCUGUACAGAGGAAAUAAAUGUGAUAUUACGUCUGUGUGUUCAUGUGAUUUUGGAAUAAAUGUGUUCAUAUCAAUUAAA